AGCCAGGUUUAAAGGCAGUUUUGUAAAAAUGAGGGUCCCGGAGCAUGGCAAGAUCCAAAAAGCUGCGGCUGUUUGAGGCAAUAUGGCAGUGGCAGCACAUAGCCUCUGCCUCAGCCAAUCAACACAGCAGCCGUUGGGGGGCCGUUGGUGGAUGGGCUCCAUUCUGAGGCCUGGGCCUGGUAGCGUGGGCUGCAGUCGGUCAUAAGGAGAAGGCGUGAUGUUCUACUGCACAAAACAGCUUGAAGUUGUCUUGUUUAUGUGAAGGAGGUGGCUGUGGGAGCCUGAAGGACGAGCUGUGUGGAUCAUUUCUGACAAGGACCCAUGGAGCUGCAGAAGGAUGAUGUUAAAAGCAAACAGCAGUGCCUCGUGCGCACCUCCUUGCUAAGCCCUUAUCCCAAGGAAGCCCAGGAAAGCAUCUACAGAGGCCUUGCAGCAUUGUCAGAGGAAAGCUUGCCUUACUUGAGUACGUCUUUAGAUGCAGAUAUUGACAUGUAUAACAUGAGAAUGAGAACCUGCACUGCAGAGGUAGACAAAAGUGAGACGGAAGCUGAUGUGCUGAGAGUGUGUGAUGGUGGUACAGAUUCCACCUGCGGGCUGUGCUAUGGUGGGAGUCAUGUCCAAUUGGGUGAAGAUUCACAGCUGGAGUACAUCAGUGCGAAUGAAGAAGGCUUUGAUGAUGGGAAUAGCUCAAGAGAGUUUCCUGAGCAAAGGGAAGCUGAGCAUUGUACGGGUGCAGAAGCAGCUAUGGCAGAGCUUCCCCAGCUGUUCCACAACUCUCUGCUGGUUGGCAGUGCUGUGGCUUGUGAUCAGAAGGAGGAGCAGGCAGCAUCUCUCAGUGGUCUUGCUGGACAUAUGCUUGACAAUAACGCAUGCAGGAGUACAGAAAGGAGUUACCUAAAUCUGCUUGCCAUUCACCAUUCAGAGGUGAAAGAUGCUUCCUCACCUGAUAGCACACAGCCCCAACAGAACCACAGGUGUGUUCACAGCAACUUAGCAGAGGGAGGAUGCCCUUCACUGUCACCAAGGGAAAGGGCCCCAGCAAAAACCACAGAGCUUUGCAAAAGGGCAGGGGACUCUGAGUUUUACAGUUGUGAGGAUCCCCUCCUGCACAUGUGCAGUGCCAGCUGCGCUUACCGUGCUGCAAAGGUGGAUGAGAACCGGCGUCCGGUCCCUGCAGUUCUCUCUAUCAAGGAUCUCUGUUCUGGGGAGGAAGCCUCAGGCAAAUCAUGCAGUGCAAAGACCUCCCUCAACCUGGAGUGUUGUGAAAGCUUGGGAGAUGUGGUCGGUCGUUCUAAAGUGAACCAGGCAGUCGAUGCGAGUUGUGAUUUUAGAGUUUGCUUUACAACCAGCAGAAGUACCAGUGCUCGAGUUCCUCUCUCAUCCAGGGCAAUUAAUACAGAGGUGACAAUGAUGAAUGAAUUCAGGUGUGUGGGUUCGCCUGGGGAAACUCGUGCCACUGUUGCUGGCAGUACAGACCGGCUGUCUGGACCUGGUCCUACAGAGGAAAUGGGGUCACAGCUUGCUGAUGUGCACCAGGAUGGCAGCGCUGGGGCAAAUGAAAGUAGAUCACAAGACAAGGAACAGAGGGAAUCCAAAGCUGAGUUGUGCAGCAGCUGUUUAAAGAUAAUGGCUGACAGGCCAGCACACAUCAGCAAAGACACUGUGAAGGAUUCUGUGUCAGUCUGUCAAAGUCUACUGCAGAGAGCUAUUGAAGCAGAACUGCAGGUUCUGAACGCUCACUAUCAGAUGUGCUACCGACACUGCUUGAAGAUCCACAAACUGGCUUUGGAGGAAAAAGCAUGUUUUGGCAGAUACUAUGGAAAUACUUCUGCUAAUACUGAAGUAGAUUCAACUGUCACAUCAGUUUUGGAAGAGCUGAAUAAGAAUUACAGCAGUAUGAGAGCAAAAAUACAAACGGGAACACCUUUGAGCACACUUCCACCGCUGUCAGUCGAGAUAAAGUCAUUGCCCAUUGUUUCCUCUUAUGUCCCAUGCCAGUUAUUCGGGGAGGAACUUCACCAUGGUUCUUUUUCAGGCAUGAGAAAAGCAGGUUUUGAAGCUUCAGGGUUGCAGGAAAUCAGAACUCCUGUCUACACGGAGAGUGCACAGACCACAUGUUUAACUGACAGCCAGCAGCCCAGUGACUCUGCUUCCUCCAAGGUGUCCCAGGAGCAGCUUAAAGAGCAGGGUGUGCAGCACGGAUCUGUGAGAAACAAAGAAUGGAACGAAUGCUGGUUUGAUGCUAGAGAGGACUUUGCAGUAACAGAUUUGUCACUAGUAUCUGAAGAAGUGGGGAAGCACCCAGAGAAACAAGACACAGUUGGUUUAAGAGGAGCAAAGAUAACAGAGGGUGCAAAUGAGUGCACAUUUGUUUGCAUUGGUGGCUUGAGUUCAUCUGUGUCAGAGGAUGAUCUGAGAUCGCAUUUCCAGAAGUACCAGAUCUCUGUCAUUCUGCUCUGUGAGGAUUCUGAUAACCACAGAUGCGCAUUUCUUGGCUUUAAAGACACCUCCUCAGCAAAGUUAGCAGUGGAAAAAAUGAACAAGACACAAAUGAAAGGAAAACCAAUAAGUGUGGAGCUUGUCAGCAAUCCAUCAGAGAACAGAUCUUUGGCUUCCAACAUACUUGGGAAGAAGCUUUGGUGCGAAGCUCUCUCUGUUGCUAACAGUGCAAGCAGAGAUCAGAGUGAAAUGCUCCCGUCAGCACCUGGUUGUGUGGCAGCACCUGGCACCUCCUCUGCUUCUCAGAAGGUGCCUCUCCAGCCCGGGGCUUCUGCACACACUCCUGGCUCUACACAAGUACCAUCAGAAGCCAGGAGCCCCAAAUCCUCUGCUGAAGGCUCCGCUACUGGAGGAAAUUCCCUGCCAAAAGCACCUGCUGCUCCUGCCUCCACUAAUUCAUUAGAAGCCUUUAUGUCUCCUAAAGCACUGAACUUGAGCAGCUUUGCCAAAUUAAUGAAGAAACUUAAAGACGUUCAUCCAGAAGCCAGCAGAGAUAAAAUCGUGGAUGCUCUGCUGGAGGUGAGGAAGAACAAUAACGGUGUCCUAAGUGGCUUGUCCAUCAGUUCUAUUAUGGAAAGGGCCUCUGUAAUCCUAAGGAAACCAACGGCUGUUUGUACAGGGAAAGGCAGUGGCGAUCAAUGAUGUAAUGAAGAACCGACCACUUCACAUGACAGAUUUUUGCAGUCCAGCUCGCUCCGGGAUUGUUCUGUCCUUCUUGUUUGUUUGAUUUCGUGACAGCUCGCUUAGCAUUGCUGUUUGGUUUGCAGGGAUGUUUGACCGAACAUAGCCCCAAGUUCUUUUCAGCUUUCUGUGCAGACAGAUAUUGAGUAAUUCUUCCCAGUUUGGUUGUUCUGUGUAGUUCCCCCUGUUUCUUAUGAGGUUUUAAGGCUCCCAUUUUAGCACGUUGAGACUUACAGCAGCAGGACUUCUUUCUGCUGAAGCACACAAGCCCCGGCUCCCGGUGCCGCUCCGUGCCAGGCACGGUGAUAGCUGCCAUGCUAACAAACAGCCGGCACGCUUACGUGCUCUCCAGAUAACAGUUCCAAAUAGUGGGCAGAAAUGUCAAGUAUCCUUUUCACGCAAGGCAGGGGAGGGAGAGGCAGCAAGGGCCGGCUUGCAGAUCGCACGGCGCUGGCAGUGCGCUUACAUAAGCCCCGUGCUGCAGCGGCUGCUCUGAGCAGAGCCUUGCCCAGGAGGGCUGGGUCUAGAAGCUUUUCUUUUGGGUCCUAUAGCACUGUGCAGGGGAAAGCCUCUCCCACACAGACCCUCCCCGAGGUCUGCUUUGGGUUGAUACGGGAGCACCCAGCCUUUUGUUUGCCCGUGGAGCUGCUCCCGUGGUUUUACAUCCUCUUCUGGCGACGGAAGGAGAGGCAGCUUAGGUGUGUGCCUGCCGUGGGGCUGAGGGAAGAAGCCAGCACUGAUUGUCACUGGCGGGCGUGUGCUGUCAUACCACUCAUUGCUGUCCAUCUCUGUCCCUUGGCUGUACUUUGCUCCUGGCUGCCCGUGCUGCCGAAAGCAGCCUUACCGUGAAUAAAGGUUGAGAUUCCUUCUGCCCAGAGUUGUGCUGUCGUUUUGCUAUUUCCACCCCUCACUAUUUGCUCUCCCCUCGCCGUGGUGGCAAACGCAUCCCAAGCCCCGGUGCUGCGCUGCCAGGCGCUGCUGCUGCUUUAUCCCGAAGCUGCGGGUCCAGCCUCCGCUUUGGUUUCCUCCCUGCCCGCACCCAGCUGAGCGCUUCGCCCUACCGCAUCCCUAACAGCACACACCGCCCUCCGUGCUCCCUAGUUGUGCAACGAGAUGGGCACGGUGCUUUACGGAGGGAGGCGUUCUGCUGCGACGAGAAAACGGGGAUGUCCGUAACGCAGAGCGCUGCCGAUUCCCGCAGGUGGAGCUGUGCGAACUCGCUUGAUUUCUAUUAACACGAAACAAGCACCAAGGACGGGCACGAUCGCGCCGCAGCUCCCGGCGAGGCGGCAGCCGGGCCCCUUGCUGCUGGCCAUGGCACUGCUGCCCCGCCGCUUCCUCUGCUUCGUGCUGGGUGAGUUGGGCUGCCCCGGCAUCCAGGGGGGAGAGGGGGACCCUGAGAGAGGCUCCUGAACGCGGGCUGUGCGGGCUCUGCCCGCUCCGCGUUGGCUGCGGGGGGAACGGGAAGGAGCGGCCGUUCCCAAGUGCUGAGGAGCGAUGGGAGUUGGGCUCUGUGUGUGCCGCCGGCGAUGCGGUCCGACACGGUCCUCUGUGCGCGGUGGGAUGCACUGAAGAGCGCUCACGUCAGAAGACAUCCCCUGCCUUUCGCUUCCAGUGCAGAAAUUAACGACAGGGAAACCGCUCUAGGAGGGGUCUCUCCGUUUUUUUUCUCCGUUUUGCCAUUUCUUAACCAGGCGAGAGGAGAGGAGCCAGCCAGAAGUGCUCCUUCUGGCCAAUGCUUCUGAGCUGGGGAUGGAUUUGCAGGUGGGAGACAGCCGGUCACUUUGGGAACUCCUGCAUCAGCCAUCUGCUUUCACAAGGCGUGAGGUCUCCUCGAUGUUGGUAGGGUUUCGUGCGCAACAGGUAGAGGAUUGGCUUAUAACCCGAGUAUACUCAUUAAAAACCUUACCACUGUGCUUUGGUACUUUGUGUGAGAAGCAUAUUUAGGAUUGCUUAAAAAAGAAGCUGCACAGUGCCAUGCAGCUGCUCUUGCGUGACACUGAAGUGCUCCUUGAGGAAACAUAGCCUUGUUCUUUCCCCGUUUGCACUUUAGUGCAGGUUUUCUCCUGGUACCCUGCUGAAUAAUGCAUGGGGCUGCACUGGGCUCAUCCCAGCGCUGUCAUUAACUGCACUGCUCUGUAGCUGCAGCUCGUUCAGGGGGAGUUAGGGCAGGCAAAGUGCACUCUGCUCUGCUAGGUGGGACUGUGAGGUACCACUGCCAGCACACAGCAGCUCCUGCUGCUGUAAGAUUUCUGUCUGCAGUCCCUUUCCCUUCUCUAGGGUCACAAAUGUAAGCCGGCUUCUGGGACAUGACCCCACGGGGAGCUCGAGGCAGUGUCCCUCGUGAUGGGAUCCCUGCUGCUUUCCCCUUCCAGGGGUGGAAUUCCCCCACCUUAUUCCUGUGGUCACUCGCAUUGUUCCCAUCUGUGCAGAGCCCUAAACCCAAUCUUUGCUGUUCUUUAACUGGUGAAACAUCCAGGUGGAAGGAAGUCAUGGCCAGGAGGCUUUCCUGGUUUGGCUGCAGGACUUCUGCUCGUUCUUUUACUGCACCUUCCGCCACGUGGUUUGGGUUCAGGGGCUUUGGAAAUAACAGAGCGGGAGCUGGUGGUACUCCAGGCUGCUCUUUUCCAGUUCCAGCACUCACAGCAGGACGUCUGCCUCAGUGUAAGCCACUUAGCUGUGAUAGAUGGCAGCUAAUCCUGGCGCUGAGUUGGGGAUGCAUUUCUUUCGCUGUGUCCUUUUGCAGGCUUUUAUUUUAAAGUAUGUCCUGCUCUAGUUGGGUGAAG